UGGUCUCUAGGCACCGGCCUGAUAUUCGCUUCCGGGAUCAGGGACUUUACCCGCGAGUUGUGGUUGUGUAUAGCGGUGUUUUACCGCUCGGGCUUGACAGCUUUGUUAAAUUCUCAUAAAAUAACGCCUUCCUGAAACGUUUGCUUUUACGACGUUUAGGCUGUGUGUGUUUUUAAAAAAGCAGCUGAAAGGGGAGCAAUAAACUAGAAGUGAUAUCCUAAAUCACGAAUUAAUCUUGAAGCGUUGCAGAUAGCGGUGUUAGUCUAUAGAAAAAAAUCCAAACGAAACAGGAAUGUAAUAUUCUUUUUUAUUAACGAGCCAAAAAAACCCCCACCACAUGAUAUUAUGCAAUCGUCUUUCUAAGAAUUCAGUUAAUAUGGACUACUUGCUGGCUGUCAGGACUGCAACGAUCAUUGUCCUUUAUAAGACCGUUAUGGUACGAUUGCCCUGACCUGGAUAGCCCAGAAAAUGAUUAUUAUACACUUAUGGAACUAUAUAUAUAGACACGUCUUUCGAUUUUGGCUAAAAUGGAUCUUGAGACAGAUCACUGGAAAAUGUGAACUGCAGCGUAUUUGUGAUGGUUCAAAGAAAAGUGCAGAAAGGACACUCAAAAUUGAGUAUUCACUGGAAUCAUCAAAGAGCAAGGUGUUACAAAGUGCUGUGCAUGCUUCUGAAGAUGAAGUGAAAAAAUAUGUAGCGCUCAUCAUGAAAGAAAAGAAGAUUAAUAUACAAAAGGAUACAGGGUUUGCCUUGAAGCUGCAAAUGUGUUUGCUGCAGAUUACAGGUUAUAAGAAACUUUAUUUGGAUGUAGAAGAUCUGAGAAAAUGUCCAUAUAACUCUAAUAACAAAGAACAUGAAAAGCAACUAAUUGAGCUUUGGAAUUUGUUGAUGCCCCAUGAAAAACUGAAGGCUAGAAUCACGAAGCAGUGGUGUGACAUUGGUUUCCAAGGUGAUGACCCUAAAACAGACUUCAGAGGAAUGGGCAUGCUGGGAUUAGUUAAUCUUCUAUACUUCAGUAAACAUUAUCCCCAUGAGGCGCGUCAAAUCCUUACUCGCUCAAAUCAUCCCACACUGGGAUACUCCUAUGCAAUAGUUGGGAUCAAUUUGACAGAGAUGGCUUACAGCUUAUUAAAAAAUGGUGCUUUAAAAACUCACUUCUACAACCUGGUUCCUUGUGUGGCACAAAUGGAUCACUUCCAUCAGUUUUACUGUUAUUUGGUGUAUGAGUUUGACAAAUUUUGGUUUGAAGAAGAACCGGAAAGUAUUAUGUACUUCAAUCAGUACAGAGAAAAAUUUCAUGAAAUAGUUAAAAGACGCCUUCAGGGUUAUGAUGUAGUUCUUGCCUUAUAAAGUGAAAAAUAGUGCUCAGACUUUUGAGUACUGUACAUAAAAAUUAUGCACUUGAAUGGAAUCCUCAUUUUUUUAACCAAAAAUCUUCAUUUAAUGAUCAAGUUUUAUAAUUAAAAAAAAUCAUUUGGGAGUGCUUGGACAAUCAACACUUACUUAGGACUACACUCGUUGCUGAAGGAAAGAACUUUUAAACUACAAAAAUCUUCACUGAAUCAUAGGACCUCAUAACUUUUGUACACUUCUUCCAGCAGGAAGAUGAGACAAGUACUUAGGCUUUGUCGUAUUAUCUAGUAAUAGCUGCUUUUCCAAAUAUGACUAGUAAUCAGUUUACAGCCAGAGACUUUCAGUACUUUUUAUAAACAGCUUUGGUUUUAGAUUUGUGUUGGGUUCUGUUUUUCUAACAUAGGUCAUGCUUUUUGUUGUUUUUUUGAGGAAGGGACACACAAGUAAAAUUAUUUGAAUGUGUUAAAAUCUUCACUGUGGGUUAGCUGAGAUUAUUCUGUAAUGCUUUCAUUAAAUUGAUUUCAUGGAAGUAUGUAACUAGAUCAUGGGAUAAAAAAAAACUGUUGGUGAAAGUAGUCUUUGUGUGCCAUUAGUAAUAAUUUCAAGUAAAUGUUUUUUUUUGUAUUGUACAUCUUAUUUAGGGCUAUGCAACAAAAUUCAUAUUUCAGUUACUGGCCUUUUUUUUGUCUACCAAAACAUUCAUGACUGGCAGAGAAGCCAGAGAAUAUCAGAGAUCAAAAUACUUAAGAGAUGACAAACAACUGGCCAGUUAACUGGAUUCUUUCUUCUAUAUAUUUCAAAUUGUGCAUUGAGGAAGGCAACUCAGAUGGCCUAUUCCUAGACAAUAGAGACCAUAGGAUUUUAUAUCUAUGGUAAAUCUACUAAUGCUUGUCUAAAAUGUGUUAAAACAUCUGGUUUGCAUCAACUUGUGUUUGGGUGGGGGUUCAAAGCUUAAUCUUUAAAGUGCCUUCUGCUGACCACAAUUAAACCUUUGGAAAUGUGUCUAUGUCUGUUGUAGGACAGUUCUGAGUACAUAGUGGCUUUUGUUUUAAGAAUUGAUACUGCAGAUUUAGCAAAAUACAUAUAGUUUAUCUUGCCGUGAUCAUUGGCUAGAUAACUUUUCAAUUGCAAUAUAAUUAAAAUCACAGCAAGAAAUGGUCUAAAGGAAAAUAGGAUAUCAGACAACUACCUGCAGACAUGUUAACACUAUAGUCAUUACCUACAGCCUGUAGCUUGUAACUAGAACCGGGCAUGUUUUUUUUUUUUAAAUGGGAAGAUCUGAUCUAAUUUACAGUAAGAUUUAAUGUCUUAAUAAAGUAUCUCAAGGUCUUGUUCCUGUGGUGGUAGGGGGUGACUGAGAGAGGAGGAUGGGAAAUUCACUGUCUCCAUCUGUUUCUGUAACCGUUCAUUUUUUUAAAUAAAAGGCAAUUAAUUACUACAAAAAAUCGUGGAGUGAAUUGGAGCGCAACCAGAAGUCCAUAUGGCCUAGAUGCUUCCCUGAAGCUCUGUGGCCUGGACAGCCCUCUCUCUUCUUCACAUUAUUUUUAGGGUUUUCUAUCAUGGAGGAAAAUAGUUGCUGUAUAUGAGUCCUGCAGUUGCUGCUUCACUGUAUAAUUAUGUACACAAUAUCAUUCAUGUCUGAAUACUGCAAUAAAUGUAUUUUUUGCAUUAUUCGGAGGGACUGUGAUCACAUAUACACUCAAGUGCCCUUUGAAGGGUUUUUAAUAUCCUGAUCAAGAAAGUUGUGGACAUUUAAGAAGCAGCAGUUAAGUAAAAUAUUCCACUGUUAUCCAACCUACUGGAACUUGAGGAUAGCAGUGCAAGUAUGUAGAUGUUGUGCCAGAGGAGAUGUAAGGGCAUGUCUUUGUUGUUAAUUCAUCACUUUAGUGGUGUACCAUGCUGAAGGAAGUUCUACUCAGAAAAAAAGGAAAUUUAAUUGCUAAAUCCUGUGCAUCAUUUUUUGUGGAUUGCAGUAUCUAUUACUGACCCCAGUGAUUUUCUUAGUGUACCUUUUGCAUAUUUAAUUCAGUUUCCAUAAGCUACAGGGUAUGCUGAAUCUGCCCAUCUGAGAAUACUAGGGUCAUAAAUCCAUUGCGAAGAAGCAAGUUUCUGUCAAUGUGAUUUAAAAAUCUGUAGGAAACGUCAAGAUUAGAGAUGGGCACGAACCAAAGUUCGGCACAAACUGGGCUGGUUCGUAGUUCGUCAGAGCCCAUUUCAGACAAACUGCGAUAAACUUCAGGCCGGUUUGUCACUGCAGACAGCCUGGCGCCAAUCAGUCAGUUUCCUAGGCCAACGGGGUGGGCUUUCUGCAGACCUAUUGACCCAGAAGUGACGUUUUCAUGAACCAAAUGAACCGGUUCAUGAACCGGGGCAGGUUUGUGAAAGUUCGUGGUUUUAUGAAACGUGAUGAACAACGAACUGCACGGUUCGGUUUUUCCCCAGUUUGUGCCCAUCUCUAUUCAAGAUUAUAGGAGUGUUUUCUCUGUCAGAAACAUAUGAGACUACAACUGUAUGAGAAAAAUCCAUCAAUUUCUUAAAGCAGAUAUGGGUGGAACUGCAUACUUUCAAUCAGGAAAUAUUUCAGAAGAAUCAGGUGUAUGGAUCCUGAUUCUAAGUUCCAGAUUGGAUUCCAUACCAGAAUAAAUUUUUAACUUAACAUUUUAGUUUCUAGAACAGCUGCAAUAUUUUGCUAUACAUAAGACGCUAUUUUUGGAACAGGUUAGCUGUUUAAAAAUUAAAUAAUAUAAAAACAUUUAGUGGGAAUAGUUACCAGCAAAGCACCAGAUGAUGGUCACUAACUUACCCAAUUUUACAGUGAGUGAUAAGUAUCUUUUUUGCCUCACUGGUGCUGUCAUAGUUAGAAGUUGUUUGUAACGAGAUUUCUCUGGUUUCACAGAUACUGUUACAUUCUAAAUGCUCCAUUCCAGCUGGAGUAAUGUACAUUCCUUAACUUUUGUGUAUAUAUGUAUGAGAAGCUAUUCUACUUCCUCUGAUUUUUUUUUAAAUGCAGGGCUGCAUUACUUCAGUAUGUAUUCCUAUGUAGAUAUCUAUUGAGGUAUACUAAUUGAAACCUAAUGCUUUUGUUUUAAUUCUCUGGUUUCCCAGUCCAGUGUGUUCAGUAGGUAUGCUGCUUGUAUUUCCUUUAAAGAACACAGCAGUCUAGAUUAGUGUUUAAGAGUAUGUAAACGAUCUAUUUUUAGUGCUGUGAAGACAUGGACGUUUUUAAAAACAUCACUUUGUAAAAUGAAGUUUUUGUUAAAUAUUGCAUUGUGACAAUCUUAUGACAAUACACGUGUAACUCUGCAUGUUUUUAUAAAAGACAACUAUUAAUUUCAUCUUGAAUGAAAUAUAAGAGCUGGCUUACAUGUGAGCAGCUGGCUGUUUUCACACACAGUCCUUUACAUGGGUAAGUAAAAAUAUAAAGAAAUUAGACUUAUAACCAGGUAAACGACAGAUGUGACCGUUUCCACAAUUUUAACAUCUGGAACAGCGCAGCUUUGAUAACAAUUGGCUGUUUGUGUCUGUGUGCCCUCUCUUGUCUCUUUCAUAUUCACGUUUCUCUGAGGUAGUUUCAGGUGAAUAGCUAUGUUGGUCUGCAUUAGAAGAGCAAGAUUCAGGUCCAGAUUCCAGGGUAUGAGCUUUUGAGAGUCAAAGCUCCCUUCUUCAGAAGUUUAGAUUUUCAAAAGCUUAUAAUCUGGAAAUCUAGUUAGUCUUUAAGGUGCUACUGGAAGUCAUUGUUUCUUAGACUUUGUAAACCUGAUCAUAUUAAAGAAAUCCAGCUGCUCAAAUGAAAGGUUCCUUAGCAGUGUUAAAUAUUUUAAGCUGCAUGUGUUGACAAAAAAUGAUACAGUAGCUGUAAGAACUGUUAAUUUCUUACAGCUGACAGUGUCAAGUUAAUGCAGUAGUGUUCAAAGAUGUAUUCAACUUCAGAUAUCUAUAGUAGCUUUUGACAAAGUGGAGUUGGCAAAUGGCACUACAAAAACAAUUUAUAAAUACUGAGUGCUUUUUUAUGAUGUCCCAAUGCUUGAUAUUGGGGUUAUAUUGAACAUAUGAAACUUCUGUAUACUGAGUCAGGUCACUGGUCUAUUAAAGCCAGUAUUGUCUACUCAGACUGCUAGCAGACACCCAGAGGCUCAGUGGGGGGGUCUUCCAAAUCUACCUGAUUCUUUUAACUAGAUAUGUUGGGGAUUGAACCUGAGAUCUUCUGCAUACAAAGCAGCUGUUCUGCCACUGAGCCACAGCACUUUCUCACUGCUAUUGAUAUCGUGAAAGGUCGACUCAUCUGUCAUAUGUUCCAAAUGUAGAAAAGUAGACCAUAUGCCUUGAAGAUGUCUCUUAAAGCAAGCUUCUUACUUUUCUAAAUUAUUAUGUUUCAAUUAUAAUUACUGUUGGACAAGUGAAAUUAUAUACCUUGACUGUUUAUUUCUAGUCUGUAUUAUUUGCAUUUAUGUCUCUGAAUAAUGGUUGUCUUUUGGUUGGUAUUUUUGUUACGCUCCUUUAUACAAAAGCAGUGAAUUGUAAACCUGUAUGGGCAUAAGAUCACUGUCUACUGCUACAAAUGUUAUGUGCCUGUUAUAGUAUGGGAGCAAUAAAAUGUGGUGCUUGCUUGAUGAGAAA